UGGCAGCUGUUUUAAUUCAAAACUAUUUACAGUGUACUGCAUCCUUCUAGGAAAGGAGCAGAAUUGAUCGGUCCCUCGUUCAUUCACUCUCAUACCCGCCCCCGUUUCAUCAAAUUGGCGUGCCCUAUCGCUGCUGGCAUCAUGAAGGAGCGCGGACCACAGAGGGUUCCCGCCCCGGAGGAUAGGCUAUAAAUACAAGGAGAGUGGAGCAAUUACCCUGAACCUUUCACUCUGCUGGUAUCUGACACGGAGCCACUGCACACCGAGCCCACAGGAUCUCUGUCACCAUGAAAGGUUUGAGGACCAUCACAUUAACUUAUGUACUCACUCUUUUACUACUGGCAACGUUUGUCACACAAUCGUGGAGCGCACCGAAGGGCUCUUUCCAAAGGAGAAACUGGACCCCGCAGGCUAUGCUGUACCUCAAAGGCACUCAGGGACGCAGGUUCAUCUCAGAGGACCGAAAAGAAGGAGACGUGUAUGACACAUUACACUUAGAGACCCGCAGUCAGAACACAGAGAAGCUGAGCGUGGACCAGGCAGCCACCCUCCUGCUCAACUUCCUGCAGCAGGCCAGGGAGGGAGCUGAUGAAAACCCAGAUGAGGUGUAUUUCCAGGAGCUGCCAGUGUGGAAGAGAGAAUACUUCUGAUAUCUGUCAUACCUUUGUAAAGCUGCUGGACUACACCAUGUUUGUGUUUGAAUUUUCUGUUGUUUGUGAGGAAGAAGACACAGCUGUUUUGUAAAUAUGAAUUCUCUGAGUAUGUUUGAAAUGUGAUGUUUUAAUAAAGAGUUUGAAUUCAUAGCA